AUGGGCGAGGUAGUAGCUGAGGGGUCGAGGGACAUGGUUGGGUUCCCAGAGGGAAGGGGCUGGCCUCGCGCGAGGGUGGAGGACGGUGCAGAGGUAUACCUGAAGGCAGGGACGGCGGUCUGUGCAAGGACAGAGGAGAGGGCAGCGACGAAGGUCUGUACGAGGACAGAGGUAAAGGUCUGUACGAGCACAGAGGUAAAGGUCUGUACGAGGACGGAGAUAACGGCGGUCGGUCGGUUAACCGAGGAGGACGCGGCGAGGGGUGACGAGGCGGCGAAGGCCAUAACAGCGGGCGCACUGGGUAGGAGGGGCAGCAGACGUAACGUGGACUGA